AUGGCGCAGCCAAGAUAUUAUACAGAGGACCAUAUGGCUGAACGCCAACCUCUAAGUCAGCCGAAUCCCCCUUCGCCGCGUCGAAACAACUACCCACAGGACCCUUACAAUCCAUCUUCGCCGAGAACUCGUCCCGGCGCCCAUCCCGAUUCUUCUUUUAACCACCUUCGACACCAGCGACGACAGAGCCAAGAGCCGGCUGUCAGGGGAGCAUAUGCGACGACACCCGACAGCUACCGACAACCACAACAAGUCGGAUAUUCUCCACCAAAGCCACCUCCGCACCGCACCAACACGGCCGGAGACGGAAGGUCUUGGGCUAGCAACCAGCCUGCUUAUCCACCUCAGCGUCCAGCUCCGCAAAGCAACGUCACCCCCGGAGCCGACAAUUUUGGCAACGCCGCGGCCGCCGGAGGUAUGGCCGGCAUCGCCAUGAACGUUGCGGACCAGAACGCGCGGGAUCCCAAUUAUCCACAACAAGCCUACCGGCAGCAAGGGCAAUGGCAAGAAGAGGGACAGGGUCACGGUGAGAGAGGUCGGUUGGGGCCGAACGGCCACCCUGGCGAGGGAUGGAGCUCGAGGUCUAGUUCACAGGCAGCACAUCACAACCACCAGAGAGACACGACGCCGUCCAGGAGUCCGUACGGCUUUGCGAGUGAUCCCUACACGGAUGAUCCAACUCAGGUAUAUGUGCGCCCUUCAGAUCCCAAUCUUGGCGUGGUUAAUCCCCUGGAGAUCGAGGAUGAUGGCGAUGAUGGGCUUCACUAUGGCCCAAAGAAGGGACCACGGACGAGCAUGUUGAGCUUGGGAUCCAGCCAUAGGAGUGGGCCAGGAAUGGGCGCUGCUGCCGGCGGCGUUGCCGGCGGUGCCAUGGCUGCCGGUGCUAUGUCGGGUCUAGCGAGUCGCAAUGGGAGCGGCGGUAACAUCAACAACCAGUAUGCGCCUGUCAACAAUGGUGGCGAUGCGUCACCAGGCUCUGGAAGGGGCAUUGGUUACGGCCAUCUGUAUAAGGAGAAGCCUGCAAAGAGCAACGGGAAAAAGUGGCGACUCGCUAUCAUCAUCAUUGUUGCCAUUCUUGCGAUUGUCGGCAUUGUAGUUGGUGUCCUCUUCGGUGCCGUGUUCAACAAAAAAGGCGGUGGCGAUAAGGCUAGUCCGGGGGGGUCAGCGGAGGACGACUUUGCUAACAACGGCGACCUCAACAUCAACUCGGCCGAGAUCCAGGCCCUAAUGGGCAACACCGACCUGAAGAAGGUCUUCCCCGGCAUGGACUAUACUCCGAUUCACUCACAGUAUCCCGACUGCGUCAAGUUUCCGCCAUCACAAAACAAUGUCACUCGCGACUUGGCCGUCCUCUCCCAGCUAACCAACGUUGUCCGUCUCUAUGGAACCGAUUGCAACCAGACCCAGAUGCUCAUCCACGCCGUUGACCAGCUCAAGCUCAAGGAUGACGUCAAGAUUUGGCUGGGUGUUUGGCAGGAUGCUAACAGCACGACCAACAAGCGCCAGCUGGAUCAAAUGUGGGACAUUCUCGACCAGUAUGGCGAUAGUUAUUUCAAAGGCAUUAUUGUUGCCAAUGAGAUUUUGUUUCGUGAGCAAAUGACGCUCACGGCGCUGGGGAAUCUUUUGGCCGAGGUGCGCACCAAUCUCACGGCCAAGGGUCUCAGUCUGCCGGUCGCUACGUCUGAUUUGGGAGACAAGUGGGAUUCUUCUUUGGCUGCGCAGUCGGACGCUAUCAUGGGGAAUAUCCACCCUUUCUUUGCCGGCGAGCCUGCGAGGAAUGCGGCGAACUGGACGUUGACUUUUUGGGAGAACAAGGCGGGGACUUUUCUCAAGAAGGACAACAGUAUGAAUAUUAUUUCGGAGAUUGGGUGGCCUUCGGCGGGUGGGAUGGGGUGCGGGAAUGCGUUUGAGACGGACUGUCCUCAGAAGGCGGUGGCGGGGGUCGAGGAGAUGAAUGAGCUGUUGGAGGACUGGGUUUGCAGGGCGUUGGAUGAGGAUAUCAAUUACUUUUGGUUUUCGGCGUUUGAUGAGCCGUGGAAGAUUUCGUUUAAUGAACCAGGGAAGGAGUGGGAGGAUCAGUGGGGGUUGAUGGAUGUGAAUAGGAAUCUGAAGCCGGGGGUGACGAUUCCGGAUUGCGGGGGGAAGAGGGUUGCUUGA